AACCGCCUCCCAUAUCAUCAUCAUGGCGACCAUAGACAUUGUGUAAAUCUUUCACUUUUUCGUCAAUGUUUACAUCGUACAAGCUAGAACUAAAUUGGACUUCGGAACUGAUUGUUAACCCUUAUAUUCUAACGAAGGUUGUUAGAAUAGAAAUAAAAUAAUCUGAUGGAGUCCAAACUGACUGACCUCGAUAAUUUGGCUCCUUCUGGAGAUUUCACACUCAAUGCCUUCCUCCUGGAAUUAAACGACGAUCUUACUGACGAGGAUCUAGAAAGACUAAAGUUUCUCUGCAAAGGAAAAUAUGGAAUUGGCAAAAGAUUCCUGGAGAAGGUACAGAAACCCAUUGAUUUAUUUGACAUCCUCCGAGAAAAAGACUUGCUGAAUGAGAUGAACAUCAUUACUCUCCAAGCCAUGCUUUGGACACUGCCUCGUAGAGAUCUUCAAAAGAAAUACGUUGAAUUUGCUGAAUCCAUCGGAUCAAGUAUUCAUUUUAUUGUUCCCAGAGAUACACCAGAAAAUGGAUACAAGUACUUGAAGUUUCAUGUUAUGGGAGCUGAUCUUGAUAAAUAUCAAAGACCAGAUUUAGAGAGACUUCGAUUGAUGAUAGCCACACUUCUUCGUGUUCCACCAGAAUUUGUGAUUGUGUCUGGUAUAGAGCCAUCGAACAGUCUCCUUAUAACAAUCAUGGUUCAAGAGGAUGAUGCACAAAGGAUGUUAAUCUUGCCACCAGCAUCACUGGUCGUUUUCACUGAAAUGUUGGUCAAUAGCAUAAUUGUUGACCAAACGAAAAUUCAUAUACCAGAAGAUGAUGCAAAACCAUCUCCAAGCCUUCAUCCAACUAAUAGCAGAAUGGAAGAAGAAGCAAGAAAGGCACUUUAUAGACAACGUCUGGCAGAAAGGGAGCUAGAGAAAGCACAUGACAAAAUAUCUAAACUUCAGUCUAAUCUUAGCUCUGCUAAUUCUGCCAUGAAAUGGAGCUCUCAGUUACUUUGUUAUAUUAUGGUUAUCUUAUUACAAGACGUUAGUGAAAUUUACAACAAAAUAAUUCAGAGUAAACGACGGAUAGAAGCCAUUGUAUUUAAUCCGGUCGAUAAACUGCAAAAAACAUGUGUUCUAAAAAUAUUCCGACAUCGUCUUAAGAAGGUCCGACAACUUCGUUACGAUGAAGAAAUAAUUUGUGAUUUGUUAGACGCACAUGCUAUGGUAUUUCAAUGGCAUAAACAUGAUAAAAAAGAUAUGGAAAUUUCCAUUUUGAGACAUGAAAUCGCCUACACAGCUUGGGAGCGGGAUAAGUUGGCGUUUUAUCAUGGGCUUGGUGAGAAGGAUAAAAUAAUGUCACAAAGAGAAGAAUUCCUUUUAGCUGCCAUGGCUCAGAAUAUUCCCGUCAACAUACAACAAAAUAUAUUCAUUCAGCAAGAAGUCUCAAAAGAAUGUGUAGAUUUCGUGUUUCGCCAACUAAGUAAAGAUAUAUCGGAGUCCGAUCUCAAGAUUUUAAACAAAUUGUACAGUGGUCAAGGAAAACACAACCGACAAAAAGCAAGUUCUGCUUACGAGUAUCUUUACAAUAUUUGGACAGAUCAAAACCAAGCAGUUGAAUUGGGUUCCUUUGUCAAAGACGUCCUAGCCACUCCUUUAAACAAACCAGGUCUUUUAGAAAAUAUGGGAAAAUAUAUAUCAGAAUUUCAUGCUACUGGCGAUAAGUCACAGUCAAGUGGACAAUCAACCAAAUCCUCUGACAGGCGGAAGAAUCGACACUCAGGGACAGGACAAUCUGCUGCAAAGGAACUGCCUCAAGACCAACUACAAAAAAUACUGAAAAAACUUGAAAAAAUAGAAAAACAAACUGAACGCCGAGAGUUUAAUCCAUAUGAUAAAUUUAUGAAGGGUUCGCCACUAGAAAAUAUAGGUCAAUUAUUCCCUCCAUCCUUUCUUAACGGUAAAUACGACUCUUUGAAUCCGGAGCAGGGAAAACUGUAUUAAUUUUUUAACAAGAUCCCAAGUGUGUGGGUUUUUUUUUUUAACAAACGACAUUUUUAUUUGCUUAUGCAGCUUAAAAAGACGAUAUCGGUCAUUUACUUGCCUUUAAAUUUUGCAGAUGCUACUGUCAUUUUUUUAAAUAGAAUUUUAUAUUUUAACAAGUUUAAUUACAUUUUUAAAGACAAUCAAAUGGAUUUUAUUUAUAUUUUUGUAAAACGAAGCGUUGUUUGUGUACUUUGAAUUUAAUUCAACCAGCUUACCUGAUAAAAAAAAAAUGGAAUAUAAUCAUAUGUUUUAGGCUCACAAUUACAGUGUUGAAAAUUUUCUAAAUUCAUCAAAACUUACCUAAAUCAAUAUUUUAAACAUAUGUUUUGUUUAUGUUUAUUUUCUUUGUGUAACCAUAAACUUUUAUUUUAGCAAUAGUUAUAGAUUAUACACUAAACAAUUACCACAAUAAAAGAUUUGCUUUCGUUAUGAAUAUAUUACAAAUACCCGCAAGUUUUUUUUUUAUUUUGGUAUCAGAAGAAAUCGUACCCUGGCGAAACGUAACAUGUAAAAAAGGUACCUACGAUUUAGGGUACGUUUUUUUCGUCGUCGUCUGUUAACAUUUUUACGUUUUUUGGCCGCCAACUGUUACUUUUUGUUUAAAUGUUCUUUUCUCUAAAAUUCAUUGCUCUGGAUCAGGGGUUUUGACAAUAGACGUUAUAAACGUAUAUUAAAUCUUAGAAAAUAUUGAAGCCCGCCCCCCCCCCCUACCUUAAUUGUGAAAUUCACGGCCCCUGGUCAGGGGUCUAAGCCAUAGGGUGGGUUAUAUGGCAAUAUAGUAAAAAUUAAUGAAAUCUAAAAAUUUGUUCUUCUCUACUCCCAUACAUAUUUGAGAAAAGUAGAAGUAAAAAUUUACGAAAUCUUAAAAUGUGUUCUUCUCUACUCCCAUACAUAUUUGAGAAAAACUGAAUGCAUGGUUGUAAUGUUUGUAACGCCCUCUAUCUAAAAUUUUUAAUUUCAUGGCCCCUGUAUCAUGGCCUUUUGGAUAGGGUCAAUAUUACAUCAUACUCAGUAGUGAAAUAUAUUCUUCUGUACUUUCACGGUCGUGGAAAAUAAACUAAAUGCAUUGCUAUUCAGUCCAUAGAGUCCUCUUUUUUAAUUGUGAAAUGAACUACCCAUGGGACAGAUGUUGAGUUUUUUAUUUAAUAAAAAGGUGUGUUGUGACAAAUAUAGCUAUGUAGUGAAUACCGGGUAUAUUUCUUUGGUUACUUGAAACUCUUGGGUAACCUUUUGCCUUUGGUGAUAUAUUGUCUGUAAACAAUUUUACAUGUUUAAUUUGAAAACUUCAAGUUAAAUUGUCCCUUGGCCAAUUUAAUCUAAAUACGUGUUCUAUUUUAUGGAAAUUUCCUUAAUUGCAAAUGGCGAAAAUACGUAAGACCAGUUAAUGUCUGAAUGUUAGUUAUUCUGUGUAAGUUGUAUGAACAAUAUGUGAAGAGAAAAAGUCUAGGAUGAUUUAUUAGUUUUCCUACUAAUUAAGUCAUUUGAUGUGCUGUCCAUUUAUUGUUAUAAAAUAGCAAUAAUUUAAGGAAAUCAAAUUAAUUGCCGAUUGAUUUUAUAAUCCGGUAAUAAUCUGCUAUGUGCAAAAAAUAAGAUCCACACACAAAAAUUGGUCAUAUUAAUUUUUGGUGAAUAAAAGGAUGCUUUGUAUAUGUUCUACCCUUGAAUUACUCGUAGUAAGGCUUCAAUAAAAGUGUUAGAUAUGAAAUUUGAAGAAAAACUGCAUUGCAAGACAUUGUAUAACUAGCAUGAUAUUUUGUUCAUCAAACUUUUCUAAUCGUUUUGUUGCCUUUUUGUUUAUUCAUUUAUUUUUGUUGUCAUAUGUGCAUUUGCAGUAUGUUUUCGGUAUUUUUAUUAUCAUUAUAUUUCAAAUCGAUAGCUUUUCUUUGAAAAUACCUUUUUCUGUUUCAUCUGCUGAGGUAUUACGUUAUAUUAAACACAUAAACUUUAAAGAAAUUGUAAGUAAUUUUUUAAUAAAUUAGCUGUGUAUGUUGACAUUGGUUAGAUGUCUGCUAGACAGAACAAAACUCCAUAAACAACAGAACCUGACAUUUUCUUUAGGACCAUAUAUUUAUAUAAAGGCAGUUGUAACAUGUUAUACUAUUUAUUGUGUGAUUGGACUCCACCCUUUAAGGGAGGUAAUAAUAUCUGACUAAACAAUAUGCAUUUAAACUGAAUAAUGGUCUGGUAAGAUCCUCAUAAUAACUAAUUUUAUGGUUCCAGUCCAAAUAAUGCUUUCAAGUGUUUGUCACCUCUAAUUUUGUUUCCGAUAUAGCAUUUGUAUAGAACAGAAACUUGACAUGGACCUUACUUGUUUAUAACAAAGGUAAUAAAAAGCCUGUUUUCAUACAA